AGGCUGCCAGAGGAGACUCAACACUCCAGCUGAUCCAGAAGACAGCCAGUCCACCUUGUCCCAGUUGUGGUCAUCAUGUUCGCCGGCAAGACGCUCGGCGUGCUGCUGGCGCUCUGCACCGUUCUGGCCCUGAGCCGAGGAGGUCCGAUCAACGCCACCCAGCCCAAGGUCAUUGGCAGCCUCUGCGAGUACAAGAAGAUGUACUGCUCUUACUAUCACGGAGUGUACUGCCCGGAGUGCGACGCCGACGGGAAUUUCAUCCCGUGGCAGUGCUCAUCGAUGAGCGGGUACUGCUGGUGCGUCGACGUCAAGACCGGGGAAGAGCUGCCGUACACGAAGAGGCCGCUGGGCUCCGACCCUAUCGACUGCGAACACUACUACCACUGCCCAGAAGGCUGGACUUACUACGACGAGAAGUGCUACAAAUUCGUCGAGUACGCAAAGACAUGGCUUGAAGCUGAGAUUUACUGUCAGUUCGAGGGCGGCAACCUGGCGGCGAUCCACAGCUAUGAGCAGAACCACUUCGUCCAGGAUCUGAUCAAAGAGGUCACCCACAGCUUCCCGCUCACCUGGAUCGGCGGCUACGAUUCCAUAUAUCCAGGUUACUGGAUGUGGCGCGACGGCUCCAAGUUCCACUACGAAUACUGGUACCAAGGCAGCAAACCCACCACCGCGUAUCACUGCCUGAUGAUGAACUAUCACCUUGAGUUGCAGUGGUACUCAGCCAACUGCAACGACUCCCUCCCGUUCGUCUGCUGCAAGGACAUGUGAAGUCAGACAGCGUAAAAGAACUGAACACAAGGUGGCGCCAAAGUACUGGGCUGCUCAAACUGAGCCCACAAAAAGGCUUCCCUUCUUCCUCGGCUUUUAGAGGUUAGUUUUAUUCGCAAAGAUGUUUCCACUGCAGAUAUCUGGCUAGUCCACCUGCCGAGAUCUCCAGCUUUUUUAUUUUUCUGCUGAUUAUCUGUCUUUCUUUUUUUUUGUAUUGAAUAAAUACAAUCGAGCAUGCUGCAAGAACUGUACCUAUCAUAGCAGUAAGACGAAGCACUAAAAAGUAAUAAAAAAAAAUACAUCAACUGAAA